GGAGGUGUUUGUCUCCAGUGGAAGAGGAAGUCCUGAGCGUAUAUUAAUCAGCAUGAGGCUCUUCAUUAACACAUCUGCCUGGAGCUUCUCAGCAGACCAUCUACUCUUCUACAGACACCGUCAACGUCAAGACAUUUUGUGCACAUCAUGUCAUUUAAUAAUGUCAUCGGCCGUAUUUCCCUUGCCAACUCCAACUCACAGGAGUCUAACAUACUUGAUGAGUUUUCGGAUGCUUGGAAGCCAAGGGGACCCCUAGAUGGAGCUGCAGGUCUGAACGUGGUGAGCUUUGACAUGUGUGUGGAGGACAACAGAAAAAAACAUUACACAGACAAGUACAAGAAUUCCAGUCUCAUUGUGCGCAGGAAUAAAGAGUUCAACAUCAUCAUCAAUCUAAACCGGGACUUCAAUGCAGAGCAGGAUAUGGUGCAGCUGGAGUUCAUGAUUGGCAGUUCACCUAAUGCAAAAAAGAGCACCUACAUCAAUGUGUCUAUUGGAAAAAUGAAACAAAACGGGCGAUGGAAGUGUCGUGUGGUGGAAACAAAAGCCAAUGCAGUGACAGUGGGCAUAACACCUGACGCCAGCUGCAUCAUUGGCCGAUUCCGCAUCUUUAUAGCAGUAAUCACUGAUUUGGGAAAACAGCGCACUCCGAGGAACCCCAACACUGAUUUCUAUGUGCUGUUCAAUCCUUGGGACACUGAGGAUCAAGUGUACAUGGACAACGAGGAGGACAGACAGGAGUAUGUGAUGAAUGAUGUGGGGACCAUCUUCAAUGGAGAUUACAAAGACAUAACCUCCCGCUCAUGGAACUUUGGGCAGUUUGAAGAGGGGAUUCUGGAUGCCUGCCUAUUGAUAAUGGAUAAUGGGAAAGUACCACUAAUGUACCGUGGAAAUGUCAUUGAAGUAGUUCGGCAAGGAUCAGCUCUGUUGAACGCCCAAGACGAUAAAGGUGUCCUGGUUGGCAACUGGAGUGGUGACUACUCCGACGGUACAGCACCCACUGCCUGGACCGGAAGCCCUGAAAUCAUGCUCAAAUAUGUCAAUGAAGGUUAUGAGCCUGUGCGCUUUGCACAGUGCUGGGUGUUUUCCGGCGUGAUGAACACUUUUUCGCGUUGUCUCGGGAUCCCUGCACGGGUCAUCACCACUUACCACUCUGCUGUUGACAACACAGGCAACUUGAAGACAGACAUUGUGCUAAACAAGGAUGGGAAUUGGGACCAAAGCCGAACAAAAGAUUCGAUCUGGAAUUUCCACAUCUGGAAUGAGGUGUACAUGAAAAGGCCUGAUCUGCUUGAAAAGUUCUCUGGCUGGCAAGCGAUCGACUGCACCCCUCAGGAGACCAGUGAUGGUCUUUAUCGAUGUGGCCCAGCGUCUGUCAAUGCCAUCAAAGAGGGAGAGGUCAGCUAUCCAUUCGAUGCAAAGUUCGUCUUUGCAGAGAUAAACAGUGAUGUGAUAUACUAUAAGGCUGAUAUGUAUGGAAAUCUGAAGAUUAUCCGUGUAGACACUGUGUAUGUGGGAAAGCUCAUUUUGACUCAAAAGAAAGACAGCAGCGAUUAUGAGGACAUCACAACUAACUAUAAAUACCCAGAAGGAAGUCUCAAGGAGAGAGAAAUCAUGCAGUUUGCAGAGCAACAUGGUGCCCCUUCCAGGGAUUACUUGACGCCCCCAGAAUCAGGUGUGGACAUUGAGCUCCAGGCUGACGCCAUCAAAAUUGGUGAAAACCUCCAGCUGACUCUGAACAUUAAAAACCAGACCAAACAAACCUGUACCCUCAGCGCCGUCAUCACUGGCUGUGUGGUGUAUUACACGGGCAUCAGUAGCAAAACUUUUAUGUCUGAGGAAAAAUCUGCAACCGUGGAAGCCUCGACAACUGAGUCCCGGACAAUAGAUGUCACAGCUUCGGAGUACAUGCCCUACCUUGUGGAUAAGUCCAACCUGCUCUUCGUGGUGUAUGGGCAAGUUGAGGAAAGUGACACUUCCCUUUCCACGAUGAGAGUUGUCAGUCUUCUUCCUCCUGAACUUACAAUGAAGAUGACUGGAUCUCCCCAGAUUGGCAAGGAACUCGUGGUCAGUGUGGAAUUCCUGAAUCCCUAUAAUUUCACCAUGAAAGAUGUUCAGCUUCGUGUUGAUGGACCUGGUCUGAUACCGACCAAAUUGAAGAAAUACAGCCAGAUAUUACCUGGUGCUUCGGUGAUGUAUAGACUGUUGCUGAUCCCUCAGUCUCUGGGGAAGAAGGUGCUCAUGGCCUGUCUAGACUGUCCUCAACUGAGACAGGUCACCAAUAAGCUGGAAUUUGAAGUAGUGCAAGACCCAAAUACUGAAUAAAGAGUGACACUGUGAACAAGAUAGAGAAAAGACAGGGAAAGAGGAAUGGAAGAGAAAACAGUGUUUCAGUGAAAACAAAACUUUAUGACUUUCAUUUGUUCUGUGGAACACAACCAAUGUUUUGAAAAGCAGAAGAUACAUUUAUGCAGGUUUGGACAACAUGAGUAAGGAUAUGACAUGCCAAAAAAAAAAAAAAAAAAAAAAAAAAAUUGUUUGCACGAUUUACUAAUUCGUUCCCUCAUAUUUACUAAAACGUGCACACGAUUACCAUUCCCUCGAUUUUCUAUUGUUUUUGCUCGAUUUGCUAAAUUGUGCAUUUAAUAAUGACAUCAAUUGAAAUGCCUAGUUAUCUGUAACAUGUUUUGUUUGGUGAAAUGCUUUCUCUGGUUGGAAGGAAUCUUACCUAGCUUACUUUAUUAAUCACAAUGUAUUGUUGUUUAACUGUGCUCUAAUGCCAUGGACUAUGUUGUAUUAAUGCAUAUCAAGAAUAAAUGUUUGAAGCUUUUUGAUGGACAGAAUUAUUAUUUUUUUGGACACAAACACUCAUAUUCGCAUAUAAGAUAUAUACAAUAAUUUAUAAGACCUGUCAUCAUUUAGCAAACUCAUCUCAUGCCAUUCCAAGCCUGUUUGAUUUAAAAAAUAAAUAAAUUGCGAAACCGGCACACACACACAAAAAAAGUUUGUAUGGUUUUAAUGCUUAAUAGUUAAUAGAAUUUGUAGUGGAAACCAUGAGAAUUCUGUGGUCUGCUACUUUCUUUUGUUGUUUUAGGAUAUCUCUAUUUUCUAUUUGUACAUUUUCUUAAGUUGAUUCUGCUUAUGUAUGGCGUAUAUUGUUUUGUUAUCAUGCUGUAGGAUUGGGGGACUGGAGCUUGUCUUUUGCUUUUGUAUAUUUCUGUGUGUACUGUACAUGUUUUGUUUGGUUGUUAAAUUUAUGUUGUAAUUUGUGUUUAUAUGACCCCCUUGAAAAUGAGAUGUUACAUCUCAAAGGGCUAUGAUUUCAAUAAAUUUAAUUCUAUAGUUGCCCAA